UUUUGUAGUCUCGUGACUUAAGAAAUACAAAAGAAAAUGUCAGUUAAAAUAUUUAUGAUAGUCAUUUGUUCAUUCUAUUUGAAUUUUGUUAAAUCAUCGGAAAAUGAUACAAUAGUUGUGGAGUUACCCAAUAUGGGUUUAGUUAGAGGCAGAGUUAUCGAAACAGCUUGGACCCAACGUAAAGUUCAGCAUUUCAUUGAUUUGAGAUACGCGGAAUCUCCAUCGGGUCUUAAACGAUUUAAGAAUCCAGUACCGGUUCCUCCUUGGUCAGGCACUUACAAUGCAAUGGUAGAAAAAACAGGAUGUCUUUCCAUCGAAUCAUUAACAACAAAAUUUCGAAGAACCUAUGACAUUGAUAUUGACCUUGAAGAUUGUCUUACAAUGACAAUUACAACACCAAAUAUUACAGGCAAAUAUCCCGUUCUUGUUUACAUCCAUGGGGACUCACUUUAUGAUGGUAGAAACAAUGAAGCACCUCCUGAUUAUCUAUUGGAAAAGGACAUAGUUUUAGUAACCCCUCAAUAUCGGUUAGGAGUUUUUGGGUUUCUAUCGACUCUAACUGAGGACAUCCCUGGAAAUGUUGGUGUUAUGGAUGUUCUUUUAGCUUUGCAUUUUAUAAAGAACUUUAUUUGGUGUUUUGGCGGAGAUGCGAGUAAGAUAACUUUGGCUGGUCAAGCUGGUGGUGCUGCUAUUGUUCAUCUUCUAACCCUAUCACCUGUGGUUGAACCAGGUCUGUUUCACCAAGUUAUCUAUCAUUCUGGAUCAGCUUUGAGCCCCAUGUUCAUAGAUGACCAACCUCAAGAGCACGCUCUGGAAAUAGGUGUGAGAUCUGGAUGUAUAAAUAUUACAACUGGCCAAGAUCUUAAUGAUUGUCUUAUGAGCCUAAAUCCCAUUCAAUUAUUGUUAGGCUUCCUUGAACAUGCUGUAAGUAGGCAAAUGAAUAAUAUCCAAAUUCUUGAAACUAAAAUUUUACAAGUAUUUUAGCAAGAAAACGAAAAAAAUGGUGGGAAUCAAUUUGUCAUUGGCGGUGUGAGUCCAGUUUUACCAGAACAUCCAACAGCUUUGAUGGCAGAAGUUGAAAAAUUCACAUAUCCAGCUAUGGGUGGAGUUCCUAGAAAUGCUGGAACACUUCCUUUAACUCAACUCAUUACUGGGGACUUUGAGGGAAGAAUUCCUGAUAAUGAAUACAGUGCAUUUGACUAUAUUCAACACAUCUUGGAACAGAUCGUUGGAGAAGAUAAACAAAUGAUUACGACAAGUUUCAUAACUCACCAGUUUUUCAACCGAGAAGUUUUAGAAAAUGGAACUUUUAGCUCACUGGCACCUUCAUUAAUCGAUAUGGCCGGAACUCUGAUGUACAAAUUACCUGUUCUGCUUGCCCUGAAUAUGAACGGAAAACAUCUUCCUCAUCAAACAUUUCUCUACACAUUUGACUAUCGUGGGGAAUUCAAUCGUUAUCCGGAAUUUAGUGAAGAACUCAAUAAUCAAAGUCCAUUUAAGGCGGGUGUUUCACUAACUGAUGAAGCCAUGUAUUUAUUUCCAUAUCCCGAACAUGUAAAGUAUCUGAAUUCUGAAGACACGUUAAUGGCAAAGCGAAUGGUUGAACUUUGGACAUCGUUUGUUAUCAGUGGUCAACCGGUGUCCUCAUACCGUGGAGGAUAUUGGCCACCUAUGUCAACUCUUUAUGGGCCAUAUUUGAAAAUUGACGAAACGAUGACUAUCGGUGGAAACUAUUUCAAGGAAUUCUCUGCGACUAGAAAUGAUCAUGACGAUGCGAGUAGUAGGGCAUUGAGUUGAUAAGGGAAGCUUAUUUUUAUAGAGAACACAAUAAGAAGCGAUAAUAUUUAUUUGCUAUCAAAGAACUGAGUAUAGUAGAAGAGCACUGUUUUGAAAUAAAAUACUAUAGAUUAUUUUUGUGAUAUAAA